CCUGCGGUGGUCCAUAUUCGUAAGCAACUUGUGCACAAUUCGAAAGAUGUGCAUAUUUCAAAAUAAUCCAUUUUCUAUUCUGAUAUAAAACCUAGGCUUGCAAGAACGGGAAGGUAGACCAUGACUGCGAAUGUGUCUACCAGUGAGAUGUUGUCACGGCAACACAUACUUGAUGACCUGGAUGAGUUCAUCUCAGGUUGCCAGUCCCGGGUCACAGACAUGCUGGAGGUCCUGGGGUGGACGCCUGAACACUUCAUGCAGGAUCGGAGUCGAUGUGUCUGUCCUUACAACAAAAGCCACAGGAUGCCGUCCCAUUGCAUAGUUUCCCAUGCUCCUCUGUGUUCUCUAAUAAGCGAAGGCUACACCAAGUCAGAGGCAAAAGCCAUUUUGGAGGACAGGUCCUACUUCUAUGACAAUGCCAGCUGUGUCUACCAAGUUAAGUUAGAUUUAGAUACAAUGAAUUCUUGGCUAUGGAAUCAUCAUGUUGAAAAACACUCUGUGUUCUAUGGCUACAAGAAGGUUCCCCAGACGGCUGAGGAGGAGCAGGUCCUUAUGAGCCGAGAAGACCGUCGUGCCGUCGCUGAGUACGUCAUCUUGCGGGCCCGCGCCGCCAACAGGUUGAAGGAGGUCGGACGUGAUGAAUUGCUUGUCUCAGAGAAUCUGGCAGACCUCAUUAAGAAAGAGAAUGCAGAAAAGCAUGACCUUGACCCUGUGGAAGAAAUGGCAGCCCUGAGGGACUACCGACGCCGACGGCAAACAUACAGGGCCAAGAAUGUGCAUAUUACCAAGAAAUCACAUACAGAGAUCAUGCGUGAAGUGAUUAACAACCAGAUGGAGAUGUACACACAGUCCUUGAUAGAUGAACAAGAUCUGGAAAGGGAUGCAAGAAAUCCGGAAUUUAAAAUACCUACUCGUAAUGAAUUAGGUUUUACCUACCCUAUGGAAAAUGUUAAACAUGAGCAUAGGUCAAGGUCAAGGACACCUAAUAGCUCAUCAAGGUCAGAAAAGAGGUCAAGGUCACGUUCUAGAAUAAAUUCAAGUGCAAAAGAGUUGGAACCAAAACACAGAAGUAAGUCACCUUCAGCACAGAGGUCAGGAUCACGACAAAGGUCACCAUCUAUGCAGAGGUCAAGGUCAUAUCAUAGGUCAAGGUCACAUUCUAGGCAAAGGUCACAGAGUGCUGAAAGGAAAUCCCACAAAUCCAAGAAGAAAAAGAAACAUAAGGCUCAUAGCCGAUCGAAAAGCAGGGACAGAGGCCAUAAGAAGCACAAGAAACACAAGCACGAGAGGUCCUCUAAAAGCCCUGAGAUCCAGUGAUGUGAAGAAUGUUCAUGUGCUUCAGGACUACCUUACUCUCUAUUCAUUAUUUGACAAUCUGUGAUCAAAUUGUUGCACUGUCUUAAGACACACAAUCUGUGUUUAUAUAUUCCAUGACUUGUCGUUUAAUAAUUUGUUAAACGUUUGGUUAUCGUAUGAUCAUUUAUUUCUGACUUCAGAGUCAUUGGCUACGUGAUCAUAGUUUUAUGAUCUUGAGCACAUGAUUUCUGGUUCGUCUCACCUUCGCUGGUCAGUGGUCAAUCAACGAUGGCAAUGUCAUUUAAUGGUCCAUGGAUGAAUAAAAACACAUGGUCAAUGGUCACGAUCUUAAAUCACAUGAUCCAAAGUGAAAACACAGUAUAUGAUCCGUGAUAUAAGAUGUGCUCUCUAGUUUUCAAAGAUUUAGUAAUCUUUCUUUAACACAAUAUAUCUUCAAAUCAAUUGCCAUGAUAUAACAAUUCGUGUUGCCUAUGGUUAACACUUACUGUUAUGAAGUCCGCAUGAGCAAAUGUACAUCUUGCAUUUUUAUGCCCUGGAUCAAAUGAUCAGGGGUAUAUUGUUUUUGGCCUGUCCGCCUGUCAUUGUAUGUGUCUGUCAUUGUAUGUGUCUGUCUGUCUGUGUGUCACAAACUUUUAACCUUGGUUGAACUUUUGCAAUAACUUUUGCAAUAUUGAAGAUAGCAACUUGAUAUUUUGCAUGCAUGUGUACCGCAUGGAGCUGCACAUUUUGAGUGGUGAAAGGUCAAGGUCAUCCUUAAAGGUCAAAGAUCAAAAAACAAUAUUCAAAGCGGCGCAGUAGGGGGCAUUGUGUUUCUGACAAACACAUCUUUUGUUGGUUAACUGCAUUACAAAGACUGUCUCCUGUUCUAUAAAUAAUCUAUAACAACUAUUAUCAAAGAUGUCAUUGAUUAUAAAAAUGUAUAUAUAGUUCUCAUAACCGUGUUUUUAUGCUCCCCCUAAAUUUUUUGGGGGGAGCAUAUUGUUGCCGCUUCGUCUGUUCGUGAGUGUGUCCGUCCGUGCACAAUUUUUGUCCGGGCUAUUUCUCAGCAAUUAAUGACUGAAAUUCAAUUAAACUUUAUGGGAAUCUUCACUACCAAGAGGAGAUGUGCAUAUUAUCAGCCGGUUCUGGUCGGAUGAUUUUUCACAGAGUUAUGGCCCUUUGAAAUUUUCCAUUAACUGUACAUAUAGGGCAAUUCUUGUCCGGGCUAUUUCUCAGCAACUAAUGACCGGAAUUCAAUGAAACUUUAUGGGAAGCUUCACUACCAAGAGGACAUGUGCAUAUUUUCAGCGGGUUCUAGUCAGAUGAUUUUUCACAGAGUUAUGGCCCUUUGAAAUUGUUAAGUUGCUAAACCAUCCAUCAUAUUAUUUUGUCCAAAGUUAUGCCCCUCAAGACGUUUCCUUUUAUCUGAAUAUAUAGUGCAAUAUUGUGACAAAAAAAAACCUUUGGGGAGCAUCACCCGUCUCAGACGGUUUCUUGUUUCAUUAAGUUGUCUUGAUCGUCUUUUUUUUUCAAAAAUUAGUUAUGGUACAUAUCAGCAUGUGAAUGCUUAAAUAAAAGCAGUUUCAAUUUAAUGCGUUUUAUAUAUGUGUUUUGUCUGCAUUUAGUUUGUUCUUCUUGUUAAUAAAUUACACUUGUAACCAUC